AUGACUGCCCAACGCCUCAAAAUCGGUUGCGCCGGCCUCGGCCGCAUGGGCAAGCGCCACGCCCUCAACUUCCUGGAGCGCACUCCCCGCGCGGAGCUCGUCGCCGCCAGCACCCCGGACGACACUGAGAUCGAAUGGGCCAAGGUCCACCUUGCUCCCUACGGAGUCAAGCUCUACAAGAACUACGACGAUAUGCUGAAGCAGGAGGGCCUGGAAGCCGUCGUUGUCGCAUCUGCCACAGCCGUGCACGCCGAGCAAGCCAUCAAGGCCAUCAAUGCCGAGAAGCACGUUCUCUGCGAGAAGCCGCUGUCAACCAGCGUUGAAAUUUCCCAAUCCGUCCUCGACGCCGCCAAUGCAAAGCCUCACCUCAAAGUCAUGUGCGGUUUCUCCCGCCGCUUCGACGCCUCCUACCGCGACGCCUACAACAAAAUAUCCUCCGGCGCCCUAGGCAACCCCAGCGUCAUCCGUAGCCAGACCUGCGACAAGCUCGAUCCAACAGGGUUCUUCGUCGCGUAUGCCGAGUUCUCCGGCGGUAUCUUUGUCGACUGCUCCAUCCACGACAUCGACCUGACGCUCUGGUUCUUCGGACAAGAGUCCAAGGUGCGCUCUGUCUCUGCAGUCGGAAUCACAGCCGUCGAGCCGGACCUGCGCAAGCAUAACGACCGCGACAACGCCGUUGGUCUGGUUGAGUUCUACGACGGGAAGAUGGCCUACUUCUAUGCUUCUCGCAUGAUGGCCGCAGGCCAGGAAGACACGAGUGAGUUCAUUGGAACAAAGGGCAAGGUCACAGUGAAUGCGCAGCCGCAGUUGAACCUGGUCCAGACGUUCGAUGCAGGCGGUAUCAAGAAAGAGAUCCCACAGCACUACUAUGACCGCUUCGAGUAUGCGUUUGUGACGGAGGCGAACGAGUUCACGGCCUCGGUGUUGGAGAACACGACUGUGCCCCUGAAGCUGGAUGGUGCUGUCCAAGCUGUACGCAUUGGUGCUGCGCUGCAGGAAUCCCUUAUAACGGGGGAGAAGAUCUUCUUCGAUGAGAGUGGGAACCGGGUCCCGAAGGCGAACCUGUGA